AAUUGUCACCCCCAAAGAAACUUAAGGAUCCCUAGAUCUUAGCAAGCCAGAUCACAACCACGAAAUGCUGAGGGAGAGAGGAAGAGAGGAGACGGAAGAUUAGGACCAGACCCUGCGAUCCUUCAAGGUGCCAAGCUGAGCUUUUCCUCACAGUAGGAGCUAGGAAUGGCGGUGCACAGUUCUGCCCUGUUCUUCUUCUCCUUCUCCCUGUGUUUGCUCCUCCUUGUGGAGAGAGCCGCAGCUCAAGCCACGACAGACCCACCCGAAGUUCUGGCAUUGAACACGAUCUUAGGGAGAUGGGGAAAGAAGGCAUCAUCUUGGAAUAUCAGUGGCGAACCAUGCAGUGGUGUUGCUAUUGAUUCAACCACAUUCGAUGAUGGGACUUACAACCCACUAAUCAAAUGCGAUUGCACCUAUAACAACGGCAACACCUGCCAUAUCACUCAGCUGAAGGUUUAUGCCUUGGAUGUGGUUGGAACUAUCCCUCAGGAGCUGCAGAAUCUGCCCUUCCUCACAAAAAUAAAAUUCGAUCAAAACUACCUGACUGGUCCCCUUCCUGCAUUCAUUGGAAACUUGACUUCGCUGCAAUCCUUGAGUGUAGGGAUUAAUAACUUAUCAGGUCCAAUACCAAAAGAGCUUGGAAAACUACAGAAUCUCAACCUUCUGGGUAUGGGCACAAAUUACUUCAGUGGUUCUGUUCCUUCAGAGUUUGGAAAUUUGGUGAACCUACAAGAAUGGUAUAUGGAUAGUUCUGGACUUAGUGGUGAGCUGCCAGAAAAUCUAUCCAAUCUUAAGAACAUGCGGAUAUUGUGGGCUUCAGACAAUAAUUUCACCGGCAGAAUACCUGAUUACAUUGGCGGAUGGACAAACCUUACUGUCUUGAGGUUCCAAGGCAACUCCUUUCAGGGUCCAAUUCCUGCAAGCCUUUCUAGCCUCACCAAACUGACUGAUCUAAGAAUUGGAGAUAUCGUAAAUGGAAGCUCUUCGUUGGCCUUUAUUAGUAAUUUGACAUCACUGAGCACCUUGGUACUGCGGAACUGCAAGAUUUCUGAUGCUAUUCCGUCAAACUUUGCAAAAUACACAAAUUUACUAAAACUAGAUUUUAGCUUUAACAAUAUCACGGGCCAAGUUCCUCAGUCCCUCUUCAGUUUGAGUUCACUGGCCUACUUAUUUCUUGGGAACAACAGCCUAGAUGGUACCUUACCGGAGCAAAAGAGCACUUCUCUAAUAAAUAUAGAUUUAUCAUACAAUCAAUUAUCAGGAAGCUUUCCAUCUUGGGUUAACCAAUCAAACUUACAAUUGAACUUGGUGGCAAACAACUUUGUGAUUGAUGAUUCCAACAGCAGUGUCUUACCAUCAGGACUGAACUGCCUUCAGCGAAAUAUACCGUGUUAUCGUGGUUCUCCAAUCUAUUAUUCCUUUGCAAUAAAUUGUGGAGGCAGUAAGACAAUUACAGCUUCUGAUAACACCAAGUAUGAGAUUGAUAAUGCCAAUCUGACGAGUGCAUCGUACUAUGUGACAAACCCAACCAAAUGGGGUGCCAGCAAUGUUGGAAUCUUUGCAGAAGCUACUAGUCCUACUUAUAUAGUAAACAGUCUAUCUCAGUUUCAAAAUACUCUAGACUCAGAAUUGUUUCAGGCUGAAAGGCUAUCUCCGUCGUCACUGAGAUAUUAUGGCAUUGGUCUUCAAAAUGGAAAUUACACCGUAGAACUCCAAUUCGCUGAUGCUGUCUUCCCCGACCCGCCAACUUGGAAAAGUGUGGGUAGAAGGAUCUUUGACAUUUAUAUUCAGGGUGUUCUCAAAGAGAAAGACUUUGAUAUAAGAAAGGAUGCUGGUGGCAGCUCCACAAAAGCUGUUGUUAAGGAAUUCAUUGCUCCGGUAACAAAUAAUUUCCUUGAAAUCCAUUUUUUCUGGGCUGGAAAGGGUACUUGUUGUGUACCAACACAAGGUUUCUAUGGCGCGUCCAUUUCAGCUAUCAGUGUAUCUCCUUUCGACUUCACUCCAACUGUAUCUAACAAACCACCAAGUACGGAUUCAAAUAAGACACGUACGGGUCUGAUCGUGGGUAUAUCAGCUGCUGUUGCUGUUUUAGGGUUGUUGACUAUAUGUGGAAUUCUUACCUGGAGAAACAGAAAAAGAAGAUUAAGUGAGCAGAAUGAAGUAUUCACAGGACUAGAUGUGAAACCUUACACCUUCAGUUAUGCUGAACUGAGGACUGCAACCGAAGACUUCAAUCCUUCUAAUGUAGUGGGGGAAGGAGGAUUUGGCCCAGUGUUUAAGGGUAAACUGACAGAUGGAAGAACAGUAGCUGUCAAGCAACUCUCAGCAACAUCUCAUCAAGGAAAGGGCCAGUUCUUGGCAGAGAUUGCAACUAUAUCUGCUGUGCAACACCGCAACCUUGUAAAGUUGCAUGGCUGCUGUGUCGAGGAAGAAAAGCGGCUUUUAGUCUAUGAGUAUUUAGAGAACAAGAGCCUCGAUCAAGCAAUUUUCGGGAAGAGUGAUUUACACCUUGACUGGCCAAAGCGCUUUGACGUAUUGUUGGGUGUAGCAAGAGGUCUAACCUAUCUUCAUGAGGAGUCAAGAGUGCGAAUCGUGCAUAGAGAUGUCAAGGCUAGUAAUAUUCUCCUAGAUGCUGACCUCAACCCAAAAAUCUCAGAUUUUGGUCUGGCAAAACUCUAUGAUGACAAGAUGACUCACAUUAAUACCAGGGUUGCUGGUACAAUUGGAUAUCUGGCACCAGAGUACGCCAUGAGAGGACAUCUCACGGAGAAAGCUGAUGUGUUUGCAUUUGGGGUGCUGGCUUUGGAGAUUCUUAGUGGAAGGCCUAAUUCUGAUCAAAAUCUUGAUCCAGAGAAGGUUUAUCUGCUCGAAUGGGCAUGGACUCUACAUGAGAAUAGGUGCGACUUGGAAAUGGUGGACAAAAAGCUGACAUCAUUCGACAAGGGAGUGGUCAGCUGCAUCAUUGGAAUAGCUUUGCUUUGCACCCAAGCAUCACCUGUGCUUCGACCACCAAUGUCAAGGGUCGUGGCCAUGCUGGUAGGAGAUACCGAAGUGACAGACGUCACCUCAAGGCCUAGUUACUUGACUGAAUGGCAACACAAGGAUGUAAGCAGCAGCUAUGUAACCGGCUACUUCGAUAGUUCAACCCAAAGAUCAGAAAAUACCCAAGUGACGUUCCCAUCUAGUGAGAGCACAGCGGUCAACAUGGAAAGCACACCUUUGACGACACAACCAUAUAUGAACAAGGCCAUUGAGGAGGGCAGGUGAUUAUCGAUUGACAUGGUUGUGCGUGUACUCUGAGGAUUUCAUCAUUACCAUCAUUACUCAGUUAUUGCCUUUGAAGAUAUUGACAUUAAAUUUGCAGAACCUUAUCACAACUUUCUAUUGUUAGCUUUAUGUUUAUCAAUAGUACAUUCUCAGUCUCAUGCUUCUCAAAUCUUUCAAAGAAUUAUAUACCUGUAAGUUUGGCGUUUCUUGUUCUUUUUA